GUUUUCUCUAACCUAAAACUACAUUUCCUCGAGUUUAAACUUGUGAAAUAGGCACUAAAUGUACGAGUAUAUUGUGGAAAACUAUUUAUCCUAAUGCUUAGCACCAAGGUAUCACUUAAGGAUAUCAUUCCAGGUGAGGGAACUUUGAUUUUUAAUUGAAAACUGGAAAAAUUAUUCCAAAUAAAUGGAAUUUGUUUGACACUGGUGAACUUUGAUUCUGAAUAGGCGCUUUCUUUUGUCCAGGUCGGGGAUUCUAAAAUCACGAUUCGACAUACGAUUCGACAACGAGACGAUUUUUCCGACGAUUCUAGGUUAGAAAUCUCAUUGGAAUUAUACCUUUCGACACGACAAGGCCGGUAUCGUUGUCGAGUCGUGUGUCGAAUCGUGAUUUUAGAAUCUCGGCCCAGGGCUGCGUUCAGAUUGAACGUCGGUUGUCGCCCGAGCGCACUCUGACCGUUCAGAUUGCUUUGGGUAAAAUUUACCCAGCCGUUCAGAUUGUCAGUAGAUUUUUACCUGACGACACCCCGACGCACACUUUUGCAUCCCAUAAAAUAGUAAGAUAAAAUUUGCCCCGCAUGCGCGUUUGUGUUAUGUUUAUGUUCUAACCAAUAAUAAAGGCAAAUAUUGUAAAUAUUAUUGUUGGGAGUUAUGGCGAGUUUAUCCAACAAAUAAAAUAAAAUAGGAAAUAAAUUAAAAUAAGAAUUAAGGGUUAAGAGGUAUUAUUUUAUAUGUGAUAAGUUCUACCAAAAAAAUCAAAAUAAAAUAAAAUAAGAGUUGAUUAUCUUUGAAUUUUCUUUUUUCUUAUUUUACAAAAAUGUUAGAAUCACGAACACAGUGAAUUUUGAAAAGGCAACAAAAUCAAAAUCAAAGCAUCCCAUAAAUAGUGAUGUUAUGAGGAGAGAAUGCGUUUUGGCCGUUCAGAUUGGGCGAAUCGCCAGGCACACUCGGAGUGCACUCUCUAUCGGGUACGCUCUGCACUGGACGUCGCCCAGACUCUUCAAUCUGAACGCGCCCCAAGUGGACGUAACUUUUUUUUCGUUCUACAACUGUCAACAGCUGUCCAACAUCCCUAAAACAAUUUUAACCUCAUUUUUUGUUUGUUUACCGAAAAUUUUAUUUAUGAAAGAUUUUACAAGUUUACCCUUAUUUAAAAAAUCCAUUCACACAGGUUUAAACAAUGUCAUCUGCAAGUUCAGAAACUACAAUUCCCUGGCGACCGACAAAGUGUUGGUGGUUUCGAAAUUGUCUCGUUUCGAAUUCGAAAAGAAAAAGGCGAAAAAUUUAACCGAAAAACAACUAGUAGAGUCACUAAAACAACGAGGCACCGACGUGGAAAAAUUGGUGAGGCAUCACGACCUGCACAAGAAGUUUGAAGAGAAUGUCGUCAAUACUUUUAAAAAUAUGGGUAUUUCUGUUAAAGUAGUAAAUAGAUAUCAAUACACAGAAGACGACAUUGAAGAUGCUGAUGUAGUAAUUCCUAUUGGUGGUGAUGGUACUUUUCUUUUAGCAGCCAGUAUGAUAUUCGAUAACAAAAAGCCCGUAGUAGGAUUAAAUUCGGAUCCAAACAGAUCAGAGGGUUACUUGUGUCUGCCUAAAAAAUAUUCAACUAAUAUUAGAAAUGCAGUUGAAAGACUUAAUAGUGGUAAUUUUAAAUGGUUAAUGAGGAGCAGAAUAAGAACGACACUGCUGGUUUGUGAUGAAAAAAAAAUUACUGGUAGAUAUUUGCACGAUAACGAGUCAGAUCAAUUUCGCAGACAAAAAGACUCUAUUGUAACAGGAGAAACUACAAAAGUCUUACCAUGCCUGGCAUUAAACGAGGUAUUUAUGGGUGAAACUCUAUCUGCCAGAGUAUCUCAUUUGCAACUGCGCCUGAACGGUUCGACGGAAAACACAAAUCUGAAAUGUUCAGGUAUUUGCAUAUCAACUGGCACCGGAUCGACUUCUUGGCACAUGAGCAUCAACAGAUUACCAGUGCAAAAUGUGGCUGAAUUACUUAGACUUUUGGAUAUAGAUCCUACAGAAGGCAAAGAUAGCUUGGCAACUGUUCUGGCGGAUAUUUACAAUAAAAAUCUUGUUUUUAAUUCAGAUGACAAACGUAUGGCUUAUACGAUUAGGGAAUUGAUUUCGGCAGCAGUUUGGCCAGAUCCCAAGGGGAUUAAACCAAGAGGAUUUGCUAAGAAAAUAGAAAUAAAAUCGAAUUGCUUUGAUGCGUCUUUAGUGAUUGAUGGUGGUGUAUCUUAUCAAUUUAAUGACGGUACCACUGCUUUAUUGGAAAUUAUGCCUGAAGAUGCUUUAAGGACUGUUAUUAUUAAUGAUUAGUUAAUUUAAGGGGGUGAUUUACAUUCCAUUGAUUUGUUUUUAUUAAAAAAAAAUAUUUAGUUAAUAUCAAUUAAGAAUCAAUCCAAUUCCUAUUGCUUAAUUUAUAUUUUUGGAAGGCUUAAUUCUUGUACUUCAAUAUUUAAUUUGUUGCUUUUUACCUUUUUUCAAUUUUUAUAGCUUUUAUUAUUGUAAUUUAAUUUAUCUAGUUGUCUAAGAAUUCUAUUUUAAAAUAUAUGGUAGAGUAGGCAGUAAA